AUGAGGUCCGACGUUGAAAACUUCCUGCGGCCUCUCCGCAUUGAUGUACCUAUGGUACACCGUUUAUCCCAGGAGCUAUACAAAUCCUUCAAGAAGCUUGCGACCGAGUCCAAGAUUCAAUUUCUGCCCACCCCGAUCACGGAAUCGAUCCUGCGGCCAGCGGCUGGGUGUGAGAAAGGACGAUAUCUUGCCAUUGAUAUAGGAGGCACAAAUCUGAGAGUUGGCUUUAUCGAGCUUCUGGGCCAUGAGAAGGCCAACGGCAGCAAUGGAGUUGACAGAAACCCCAGCAAAUUUGGUGAUGAGGGUGAGGGGAUGGAGAAUGUCCGACGGCUCCUCGAAAAGUCGUGGCCUAUCUUGGAUCAUCUCAAGAGCGAACACGAAGACGACCUAUUUGCCUGGAUAGGAAGCUGCAUUGCAGAAGUGGUGAGGGCAGGAUGUCAAGAGCUUGGCUUGCCCCAAGAUGUUCCUCUGCCUUUGGGGGUUACGUUUAGCUUCCCCAUGAUUCAGCAGCGCUUGGCGGAUGCGGUUCUAAUGCCCAUGGGCAAAGGUUUCACUAUAAGAUCACACCUGCAUCUGGGCGCCCACUUGUCAAAAGGCUAUGCCAAGGCCAGAACUCCAGACCUACCGAGUAUCACAAUCGUCGCCAUUGCCAAUGAUGCAGUGUCGACACUGAUCUCAUUUGUAUACCAAACAAACGAGACUGAGACAAGAAAGGCCGCCAUGGGUCUUAUAUGUGGUACGGGUUGCAACGCAACUAUCCUGCUUGACAAGAACAACCUUAACCAUGAGAAGUUGCCUCGAGAAGUCAAGGAGUCCGAUGCACAAGUCUUGAGCGAUGAUGGCAAAAUCGCCGUUAAUACCGAAUGGACUAUCAACGGGACAGCACCAGCACUACAAAGUCUUGGUCUUGUGACCAAGUGGGACACGCAGCUCGAUGAAGAAGGUGAGGCUCCUGGUUUCCAGCCUCUUGAAUACAUGGUUGCUGGCAGGUAUCUUGGCGAAUUGGGCCGUCUAAUGCUGUUGGAUUACUUGACGACCCGACUGGGAUUCACGAAUGGGGCGCUGCCCGCACAGUUAUCCAAGCGAUUUGGAAUUACGACGACCUUCUUGAGUCUUUUAAAACCCCCGGAUACACAGAUACUGCUGAGCAAGCUGAUGACUGAAUAUCCCACUGCGCCGGAUGCGCCUUUUCAGUGGACAGAGGAGAUCGCCAGACUUGUGUACGACAUCGUAAAAGCUGUCGAAGUCAGGGCCGCGGGAAUCAUCGCUGCCGCCACCAUAGGCUUGCUCACAUUUGCGGGAGACAUACCUCUUCGAUCGUACCCCUAUCACGCAGAAAACGUACGUACUUUGGUGGAUGGUCAACCCGCUCCUCCGUUGGAACUGGUCGUAGGGUACACGGGAGGCUGUAUUGUCCAUUUCCAAGACUACUUGGCGGAUUGCCAGGACUUUUUGGACCGUGUGAUCGACGCCGAAUUUGGGAACUCGGCUCCAGUCCGAGUCUUACUAAGUCCCUGUCACGACGGAGGCAUAAAAGGGGCAGGCGUUUUAUGUGGUACCUCUCAAGCGAUGCUCAAAAAGAAUUGA